AUGGCUCAGGAAACUCCACAAAAGAAGAUAGUUGUUAUCAUUGGAGCAACCGGUCAACAGGGAGGCUCUGUCGCAAGGCUGCUUGCCCAAUAUCCAGAUCGUUACAUCGUUCGCGGCUUGACUCGCAACACCUCUUCUCCAAAAGCACAGGAGCUCUCGAAACUCGGUAUUCAAGUCCAAAAUGCUGAUGUUGAUGACCCAAAAAGUCUCGAGGUCGCGUUUCGCGAUGCUCAUGUUAUCUUCGCCAUGACAGACUUUUGGCAGCACAUGUCUGGUGCCAAAGAAGAAUCCCAGGGCAGGUCUAUCAUGGAUAUCGCUGCUGAACUACCGCAUCUUGAACAGCUUAUUUGGGCAGACCUCCCCGACGCCAACAAGAUCUCGGAUGGAGUUUAUCCACAUGUCUAUCACUGGCAGAGCAAGGCUGCUGUCUCUAAGUACAUUCGGGAGGAGAAACCUGAGUUGUGGAAGAAGACCACUUCUGUGCUUUUCCCUAACUACUUCGAGAACUGUCUUACUCAGCCAGGCACUUAUCUCCCCAUCAAGCAAGCGGAUGGAACGUAUUUGAGAUCUUUUGUCUUGCCCGAGACUAAUAAUCUCCCGAAUGUCGCCAUCUCCGACACAGGGAAGUUGGUACAGUACAUUCUCGAUCAUCCCGAUCAAUGCCUUGAAAAAACCAUCGCCUUUUACUCUGAAGCAAUUUCGGAAGGGGAAAAGAUCCGAUCUAUGGCCGAAGCAUACAACAUCGACAUCCGCUACAACGAGAUGUCCUCGGAUGAAUUUCAAGGCAUCCUCAAGAAGAAAAUGGGUGACGUGACCGCUUUGGACUUUACUGAGCAGCUCCUCAUAUUCCGAGAUUUUGGAAUGAUUUAUGAAAGACCUGAGUUUCUCCAGGCCAACCAGCUACCCGGACUCAAGUUGACGACCUGGAAGGAGUUCAUGGAGGCAAACGACUUGCGUUCUUAUAUGACUAGUGUUUGA